AUGGCGGAGUUUGCUGGCUCGGGUUCUGCGGUCCGCUGUUGUCUGCUGGAGGGAUACGACACCAAGAAUACCAGACAGGACAACUCCAUACUGAAGGUAAGUGACUGAGCUAGGGUGGGCAGGAGUCAGGACUGUUGACCUUGGGACUUUUUCAGGGUUGGGUUUGGUUUGGUUGAACAGAAAAACGAAUAUAUACUGAACAAAAAUAUAAACGCAACAUGCAACAAUUCCAACGAUUGCCAUGUGUGGGCCUGAGAGGGCAUAGGCCCACCCACUUGGGAGCCAGGCCCACCCACUGGCGAGCCAGGCCCAGCCAAUCAGAAUGAGUUUUCCCCACAAAAGGGCUUUAUUACAGACAGAAAUACUCCUCAGUUUUAUCAGCUGUCCGGGUGGCUGGUCUCAGAUGAUCCCAUAGGUGAAAAAGCCGGAUGUGGGGGUCCUGGGCUGGCGUGGCUACACAUGGUCUGCGGUUGUGAGGCCAGUUGGACAUACUGCAAAAUUCUCUAAAACGACGUUGGAGGCGGCAUAUGGUAGAGAAAUGAACAUUAAAUUAUCUGGCAACAGCUCUGGUGGACAUUCCUGCAGUCAGCAUGUCAAUUCCAUGCUCCCUCAAAACUUGAGACAUCUGUUGUGUGACACAACUGCACAUUUUAGUGGCAUUUUAUUGUCCACAGCACAAGGUGCACCUGUGUAAUGAUCAUGCUGUUUAAUCAGCUUCUUGAUAUGCCACACCUAUCAGAUGGAUGUAUUAUCUUGGCAAAGGAGAAAUUCUCAUUAACAGGGAUGUAAACAAAUGUGUGCACAACAUUUGAGAGAAAUAAGCUUUUUGUGCGUAUGGAACAUUUCUGGGAUUUUUAUUUCAGCUCAUGAAACAUGGGACCAACACUUUACAUGUUGCAUUUAUAUUUUUGUUCAGUAAUAUUUUAUACUGAAUGACUUUAUAUUGAGUGGUAAAUGAAAUCAUCCCUCUGAUCACCCACAGUGGCGGUUUUAACAUGAAAAUGGUGGUGGGGCAAACUCAAUCAACAAAGCUCAUAUGCAUUGAAACAAGUACUCUCCACUGGCUACUCAUUGAAUGCACUAAUAACCAAUCCCAGAAAUUAGUUUUGAGCCACACACACAAACGUUAUAACAUUCGGGUUAUGGCUACUUCCCAUGUCUUUAGCUCUUAUUGCACGGAAGACCACGGUAGUCGAGCAUACUUUCAUAGAGUAAACUAGCUAGUAAUCGGUCUGCAAUAUUGCGACACUGUGUGCAUCUGCCUGUCUAAUAUAAAGGGGCCUGGUUAACAAUAUGCAACGUUUAUUACGCUAUUCCCUUGCAUCAGUCCAAUCAAAGUUGCCGGGCAUAACACGUUGAUUUAUCUGUGGCCAAUGACAAAGAGCCUUCUUGGGCGGGCACUUCUACUGUAAAUCAAUGGAGCACUGACCACUGAGGUAUAAUAAGAACUGGAGACUGCGACCAAGAUGUCCGCUCAUUAUUUUCAAGGUAAUCUACACAUGUUCGCAUACGCCGAUUCAUGGACCAUCUAUAUCCGGGUUGCAUCCGGUUUAUAUGGACCAACAUCACAUGCGCACUAGCACUCAGUGCGCACAGGGAGCAGCACGAGCAGGGACGAUGGUAUCACAUUAUCCAAAAACAUGGUAGACAUUGGAUGAAUAUUAAAUUGUAAUAUCUUCGGUGAGUAAAACAUUUUUUUUUUUAAACGGCCUUCAGCUACAAUUAUUUGAAUAAUUCAAUGGAUGUUUUGUGCACAAAGGUGAUGACUAUAGUGUCUUAUUAAGAAUUUUCAAAUCUGACUUCCGUCUAUGGAAAUUGUCUUUUUCCGGGCAUCACUUAAACUGCAGUACUGAAGCAAAACUGUAGGAGCAGUCGAAACUGUGCUUCUAGACCAGAACUCUGGCCCCUGGGCACCGAAGAGGGGCUUUUGCUGGCUAGCUCUCCCAGCAGGUGCUGCAGUGAUGUAGUGUCCCCAUGAGUGACAGCACCCUGUGCCAACGACACCUACGCUCUGUACUUUCUCUGUCUGCCCCACCACCACACAAAGCACAGAGCGACGCUGAAACUGCUGCAUUUUGGAGCUGUCUUACUCAAUGAAAAUUGACCAAAACAACAAUACAGUCGGAAAGCAACCACGUAUGCUUUAUUAGAUCAAGCUAUUUAAAUUUUUUUUAUAAUAACAUUGUUUGCUAACUGAUAUGAUGUACUGUUGUGACAUGAAAUACCAGAAUUGCAUGCAAAUAUCCUGGCACAUGACCACUGAUCACCCAGAGCUGUUGAUGCCCUGCACCUCAGCGGAACUUUUUAUAUAGCUACUGCAAACAUGACUCGCUGUCUUUUACUUUUUACAUUGUAAUAAAAGUUGUCUUUGUCUGGAUCUUCUCUGAAGGUGACUAUCGGGAUGACCCUCCUCUCUGGAGAUCCGUGCUUUAAAACGUGAGUGACGUGAUAUAUGUUCAAAUCUCUGAUCUGUCAUUCAUCAUCAUACAUUUAGUAAAUGUGAUUCUGUCGCCCCUUUUCCCCACAGUAUAACAUGUGGUCUGACCAGUCAUGUUUUUUGCAGCGCCCCCAGCACAGCCAAGUCCAUCUCGAUCUCAGGCCAGGACCAUACCCUGCAGCUAGACUGUAAGGGGGAGGGCACUGGAACCCCUAACCGGCCCCCUUCUCUGGGCCGUUCCAUUAAGCCCAGACCCUCUAUCAUCAGCUCAGGUAUGACAUGGCAGAAGGAUCCGAUUAAACCUGAUAAGUGUGGUUGUUUUAUGAUUAUCUCAUCAACACUAAACAGUUAACCCAGGUCUGGGACACAUGGUGAGGGACUAACUAAAUGAUGUGUGGUUCUGGUUGAUGUCAGGACUUCCAGAGGAGCCAGACCAGACACAGGUGGCCAGCCCAGGAGAAGUGUUCCAGUCGGGCCACUCUCGCAACUCCAGCUACGCCAGCCAGCUGAGCAGGAUCUCAGGUGUGUGUGUAUUCCUGUUCCCCAUCUUCCCUCUCCAGAGGUCAUAUUUCUUUGUUACUGUAUUUGCACCAGUGUCAGUAAUGUAAACUCUUGUUCCCCAGGAUAUAGCACAGAGCACUCCUAUUCCUCCAGUCUGUCUGACCUCACUCACCGGAGGAACACCUCCACAGGAAGCAGCACCUCUGGGGGCCUGAGUGUGACCGUAGACACCCCCCCAGAGGGGGAGAGGGACAUCUGCCGGCCAGAGAGACCCCCUCGCCCCCCAUGGCCCAUCCUGCCAUCCAACAGACCCCCCAGGCAAGACCUCCCACCCACCAGAUAUGUUUAGCCCAAUGUGUCUGUUUUCACAAUCUAUGAAACACUCCAAUCCAUCAGUGAAACACUACUGUUAUUGUUCUUUGUAUGACUGCUGUUUGUCACUUGCUGUUGAAUGACUGGGCCUUUUCCCUCCACCCUGUGACAGGAGGAAGCAGGAUUCUGUGGAGAGCCAUCCCUCCUGGGUGAAUGACACCCGCAUCGAUGCUGACGAUAUAGUUGAAAAGAUCGUCCAGAGCCAGAACUUUGGUGACAUAAGUAACACUGAAGGUAUGAAACCUCAAACACCCUGCCCUUUCACUUGUCCAGCACAUCUUUGCUGUCUCUUUUGUACAUAACUUCCUCUAUUGUACUGUGUUUCAUUUGGCUCUCUCUUGGUGUGUUUGUUUCCUCUUCAGACAGUAACCUGCGACUGUUUGUCAGUAGAGACGGGACCACUUCCCUGAAUGGGCUACGGCUUGGAAACAGGUGAGAACACACACACACACAGACACACACAGACACACAGACACACACACCUCUUACUCUGCCACUUUUUAUUCUUUCAGGGUGUCCGCCGGUGUCUAUGAGCCUGUUGUGAUUGAGAGCCAUUAG